ACUGACUCGACUUCACAAUCCUGGCACUUGGUGCGUCAUCCCGUCUGGCCCAAUCGAGCCGGUGGAACAGCAGCAGCCGCAGCAGCUGCUAACAAUCGCACGGUAGUUGGUGCCUCAAAAUCGGCCGAGGUGACUCCUUCUGGAGUGCCUACGCAAGCAACAGCCUCGGUACCUCCAUUUUCGGCCUUCUUCAGUCUACAGACAUCAGAAAAUGGAACAACCGGAUGCCUUUCCACCCCAGAUGGCGCUCCUGAUGGCUUUCACAUAAGUUGGGGAGCUGGUCGCGGAAGCUCUGAAGUUCCCUUUGGAAACUCUGCGACAACGCCGGUAACUUCACCGGAGCCCUCCCUCGCCUUCACUGUGGAGUUGAAGGGAGAACAGCUGCUCACACCUUUGCAGCAGGUAGAGCGGAUGUCCUCCUCAGUUUCAUCUUCCUCCUCCUCGUCGUCCUCUGCUGUGGCGGCGACCCGGAUUUUUUCUAACUCUUCGUCUCCCUCAUCCCUGGCCUCUUCAUUUGGUGGUUCACCGAAACUGUUAGACAAGGAGUCUUCUUCUUCCACCAUGUCCUAUUCAGCCUGUAAUGAGAGGAAUUUCAGUUCCCCAUCUCAACAACAACAGCAUCAACAACUGUCAGAUCAGACACCCUUACAGCUACGGCAGCAGUCACGAGCCCAACCUCUGUCAAGGAAGCUACCGCCACUGCAACAGCCACGACAGCGUUCCCUAUCCGGUGCUUCCAGUAGCGGCCCGUUGCAUCUGCUGACUAAUUCUGACAUCCAUCAGUUACUUAACCUCACCAAGAUGCGUGAGCUACGACCGGCGGUUUCGCCAAUCGCCGUCGAGUACCCUAGGGGUCACCAGCUGGAGGACAGACGGGAAGACGACCGUUGGCAGACAUCGGGUGUUUGUUGUGCCCGACAUCGAACACCCACCAAAGCACUGGGGAUGGAGCGCGAUGAUCGGUUGCUGCAGGCCAACUCCCUGAGUAGCGAAAAUGGAGCCUGCCAAGGGUACGUCUUUUGCACUCAGUCUUCUCUUCAAGCUUACCUUACUGCCGUUGUACCAGCAAGUCCGGCUGGCUAUUCUUGA